UUCUUAGGCAACGCAGGGAACAUGGAGCUGAAAGCCAACAUCAUUCUGGUGCUUGCUGGCUGUUGUGUAAAUGUUCUCUGUAUAGUUUAUAGUUAACUGAAAUUAUUGGCAAGCAAAAAAAAAAAAAAAAAGAAAUUAGGGUGAUAGCAAAGGCAUCUAAAAGUGUAGGCUGUUUGAAUUUGUAUGUUACCAGGUCCACAUUUGAUCUCGCAAACGAUAACUGCUCCUUGUAGACUGGUUUAAACUAUGCAGAAAGUGCUUGUGUUUUCCAAUAGCAGGGUUCAUAGAAAAGCCUCAUUCAUUAUAUAAUACACAUUGUUUGUUGAGCUAGAAAUGAAUGGAAGUUCCUAAGCUGUAGCUGUAUUAUUAUGUGCUUUCUGGCCAAACAAGCAGUGCAGAUCUACUGCUUCUUUGUUAAGGAAAUUAGAUGCAAGGGUUGUGGUCACACAACACCCCAGUGCAGAGGCAGAGGGUAGUGUUCCUAUACUCUUUCUUGGAAGAGCGAAGUAGACUCACGUGUGUUUUGGUUUAGAAAACUGGACUCCUUUCCCACUGUAGGUCAGGCUCAUGCAAUAUGUAAAAAUCAGGAUAAAAUGAUUUUCUGAAAUCCCUAAAAUCAUACCACAGAAUUCUAGCUUUUGAAUAUCCAGUAAAGCUGAUUACUGAAUCUUCCUUUUUACUAUUGCUCGUGGUAGUUCCUGUUUUUUUUUUCAUCAAUACACAGAAACCUUGCAAGGUAGAACGGCUGGGGGUGGCUAACGGGAGGUGCUGUGGGGAGUCUGAAUUUUCUAUGAGUGCAAUGCCAUACAUGUUGCUACAUUCGAAACAGGAUUGUGUUAUAUAAGGUUCUCUGGCUAAACCACCAAAUAAACAGAUUAUAACAAAAAAACCCCUAUGGUAUACGUCAGUGCAGACGUAUGUAUCAAAUGAUGUGCUAUCCAUGAAAGAUAGAAAUCUUCAGUUCUGAUAAGGCAUUCCAUUUUUCCUUCCUGUCUGUGCGUUAGCUCUAACUCUAACUCUGUUUCCGCAAAGUCUCUCUGUGUGUUGCCCAGCGUGCUCAUAAAUGAUCAGACUGUCAGCUUAUUGCAAGGCGUAGUCUGAAACAUUGGCAGCUGAAUCGAGACGGUCCACACUCGCAGGUGGGGUGGGAGAAUGGAAAAGGCAAUUACAGGAGUUCAGUUAACCAGCUUCCCCAGCUGGGUUCUUCAGGAGGCCUCAUUAUUUCUUGUACCCCUUCUCUUCACACUCAGUUAUGAAACAUGUGAUGCCUUAUUGAGUCGUAAGUUUUAUUUUCGACCAUUGAUUUAAACUUGGGCAAUGUGUUGCACUGAAGUGGAUUGGAGUCAUUUCAGAAAUGCCUUUAGAAACCGGCUGCUGUGAAGAGUUGGCUAGGAACGAAUGUACCCAGCUCCUUGUGCUCCAGAACUGUAUAAAUCUCAGAUGCACUGGUUUAGAGGGGAGCCAUUAUGAGUCUGAAAACAUUUUUUUUUUCUUUUUGGUCCAGCCUCACAGGACAGCUGAGUUUCUCUGUGGGGUAGGAAUGAGGAGUGCAGUGACUUGACUCGGUGGCGGUAGUUGAUGGCGGGUAGGGCUAGGUACCGCAGUGCUGAGCUCCCGGUGACUCAGUGGUGGCCAGCAGGCUGGGAUCCUCGGGGCGCUGCACAUCCGCGGAGGAAGAAUAAUGUGAUGUGUUACCCAAGAUGGUGUGAACAGAGCUUCAAACCAAUGAAGAAGACUAGGCCUAAGUAGCUGACCUGGUGAAGUGACAAAUAAAGCCACACCUGGAGUGCCACAUCCUCAGCAGUCUUUCUCAGUGCCAAUGCAUUUAUGGCUGGUUCAGCGGAUUCCUACACGAGCAGGCCGUCUGACUCCGAUGUCUCUUUGGAGGAGGACCGGGAAGCGAUUCGGCAGGAGAGGGAACAGCAGGCAGCUAUCCAGCUUGAGAGAGCAAAGUCCAAACCUGUGGCAUUUGCUGUGAAGACAAACGUGAGCUACUGCGGGGCCCUGGACGAGGAUGUGCCUGUUCCAAGCACGGCCAUCUCCUUUGAUGCUAAGGACUUUCUACACAUUAAAGAGAAAUAUAACAAUGAUUGGUGGAUAGGAAGGCUGGUGAAAGAGGGCUGUGAGAUUGGCUUCAUUCCGAGUCCACUCAGAUUGGAGAACAUAAGGAUUCAGCAAGAACAAAAAAGAGGACGUUUUCACGGAGGGAAAUCAAGUGGAAAUUCUUCUUCAAGUCUUGGAGAAAUGGUAUCGGGGACAUUUCGAGCAACUCCCACAUCAACAGCAAAACAGAAGCAAAAAGUGACGGAGCACAUUCCUCCUUAUGAUGUUGUGCCAUCCAUGCGCCCGGUGGUGUUAGUGGGGCCGUCCCUGAAAGGUUAUGAGGUAACAGACAUGAUGCAGAAAGCCCUCUUUGAUUUCCUGAAGCACAGGUUUGAUGGGAGGAUAUCAAUAACAAGAGUGACAGCUGACAUUUCUCUUGCUAAGAGGUCUGUCCUAAAUAAUCCCAGCAAGAGAGCAAUAAUUGAACGUUCGAACACCCGGUCCAGCUUAGCGGAAGUACAAAGUGAAAUUGAAAGAAUCUUUGAGUUGGCAAGAUCUUUGCAACUGGUUGUUCUUGAUGCGGACACCAUCAAUCACCCAGCACAACUUAUAAAGACUUCCUUAGCACCAAUUAUUGUUCACGUAAAAGUCUCAUCUCCAAAGGUUUUACAGCGGUUGAUUAAAUCUAGAGGAAAGUCCCAGAGUAAACACUUGAACGUUCAACUGGUGGCAGCUGAUAAACUUGCACAAUGCCCCCCAGAAAUGUUUGAUGUUAUAUUGGAUGAAAAUCAGCUCGAGGAUGCGUGUGAACACCUGGGAGAGUACCUGGAGGCGUACUGGCGUGCCACCCACACUACAAGUAGCACCCCCAUGACCCCACUCCUGGGAAGGAAUUUGGGUUCAACAGCACUCUCACCAUACCCCACGGCUAUUUCUGGGUUACAGAGUCAGCGAAUGAGGCACAGCAACCACUCCACAGAGAACUCUCCAAUUGAAAGACGAAGUCUCAUGACCUCUGAUGAAAAUUAUCACAAUGAAAGGGCUCGGAAGAGUAGAAACCGCUUGUCUUCCAGUUCCCAGCAUAGCCGAGAUCAUUACCCUCUUGUGGAAGAAGAUUACCCUGACUCAUACCAGGACACUUACAAACCCCACAGGAACCGAGGAUCACCUGGGGGAUAUAGCCAUGACUCCCGGCAUAGGCUUUGAGUCUGCUGAAAAAACACAAAAUAUUCAUCUGUUGACAAUUUGCCAUAGCACUGCUAGGAUAAACUAACCAUCUUAAUUUGGCAAGCACAGCACAGUAUUCACUGUGCUUAUGGGCUGCUGUCAUUUGAUGCUAAGUAAGGGGCAAAAAAAAAAAAAAAUGUACAUUAUGCCCUUAAAUCUAGAUGGAUAUUAGAUGCCCAAUCAUAUAGAUAUUUUUAACUGCAACAUUUCCAUAACAGUACCUUUUGUUUUCUUCAUAGAUUUAGACACAUCAAUUUGUAAUUUAGGGUACUUAUCAAGGCACAUAUAAAAUAAUUUCCCAUGCUGGAAAUUCCAAAUGACCAGUUCCAGUUGGAACCAAUUUAUAAACCAAUUCCUGUUGGAAUUUGGGUGAAUUGACUAGAAAGUCUACUUGAGCAUGUUGCAAUCAAUUGAAAAAUCUGGGGGGAAAAACCUAAUUAAAAAGAAAAUCAAAAUAACAAUAGAAGCCAAAACCAGCUAUGGUAUUUAUUUGCUGGAAGCUAAAUUUACACUAAAAGUUGGAAUGUAUAAACAUUUUAAUAUAUGUUAAUGUUUCCAGAAUGACUUUUCAAACUUACCAAAUGUAUUGAUAGUGCCAAAAAACUCAGAAGUCUUAUUGCAGAAAUUAUAUAGUCUCCUCAAAUUUUAAUAUUUUUAUUUCUUUCCUGGCACAGCUGUUGUAUUCAAAGUGUUUUGUUUUUGUUUAGUCAGUACUGUUAGCUUGUUUGAAGUUGGCAAAAAAAAAAAAACCCCUCAAAAAUUUUUCAGCAGUGAGAGAGUAGUAAAGAGAACCCCAAACAUAGCUGGUUAUAUGAAAUAGAAAACAAGGUGUUGUUUACUCUUUAACCAAUCUGAGCACAAUUACAUACAUCCAGGAAUGUGAAGUCAGAUAGUACAGAUGUGGUACUUGAGCCUCCUGAGUGCAAAGCUAAACAUCUCCAGAUGGGAAUUCAUAUAUCCCACUGAACACAAGCAUGGGGUCAGGAUUUCCUGCCAGCACGAUUGAAUAUCUUUCCAUUGCUUCCCUCGGUCUCUGUCUUUGAAUAUCUGAAUGUUCUAGCCCUUCAUCAGAUUCUUUAAAUCAUGCUAGGGAUUUUUGUUUUACAUGGACACACAUUCAGCUCUGACAUUGAAUUGGAAAGCGAUGUUUUUGCAAAGUGACUACUUGAAAAAAGUUAAAACAAAUGAACUUAAAAGCUUGCAGUAAAAAAUAAACUCAUCCAUUCAGAAAAUAUUUGUUCACUAAAAUUAUAGCAUUUUCAAUGCAGAGAAUUAUGAAGAAUUUGGAGAUUGAACUUCCUAAUUUCUAAUGCACGAUCUUCUUCACCUAUUAAGUCUUCACAAUUUUUCCAAUGGCCAUAAUUAUUGAAUUGGUGACCUAUGUCUUAUAUUAGCAAGGAAGCCUUAGAUUCAUUAUGAUCCAAGAAAUUACUGAAAUUGGCCCUUUUAUACAAUACACAAAUGUCUUUACAAAACUACUCGUUUCUAAGAGUGCACAGUGCAUGCAUUUUCUAAUACCCAAUAUGAUCAAGCAUUAAAGUCCUUUUCUACUUGUACAUGUCAUGAAGCCUAUUUUUGAAAACAAUAAUUAAUUUUAUAUUAUCUUAUUUUUUCCCCAAGCCUUUCAGUAUUUAGGAUGUCAAAGCAUGCACCAGUUCAAUAGUUUUUGUGACCAUGAAAAUAAGUUCCAUAUUCUUGAUCAGUUAAACAUAUCUUGAACCCCAUUACAAUCUCACCACAUGCCUGUUCUUCAUGUUCACUGUGUGUACCCCAUUAUGAAUCUGUUUAGCUGAUAGUGAGGACACCUAUAAUUCUGCAAGUCAUUUCAAACAUUCGAUACAAUUAAAAAAUAUGGGCUAAGUAAAAUUUAAUAGUUAACCUGUGAUACCUGUGAGUUUCUUUUGUCAUCUAGUGAAGCUUAUAGAACUUUCAGUUAAGACGUUUAAAAGAGUUGUAUCCAUUAGGCACUUUAAUAAACAUAUAACCUGCCAUUACUGAAUACUUUGUUAGGACACAGAAGAGCAUUUUCCAGCAAACAAAAAUAUAUUUAUUAUAUGUACAGCACAUAUUUGCAUGAGAAAGAAAACAUUAGCCAAAACAUUUUUCUAUAUGCUUUACUGGUUUCUUGUUUGUGCGCAUUAAAGUAUUUAAUUGCAAAAAAAUGCACCAAGGUGUAUAAAUUUAGACUAGACUGCUGUUCAGCUUUUUCUGUAGUAGCAUUAGCAAUUUGGUCAUUUAACUACUUUAGGGUAUUUACAUUUUAGGCAGGUAGCUGUAACAGCAUUUACAUAUAUUUCUUAGUUAUCAAGAUUACCAUCUUUCCUUCAACUUUUUAAAAGUCACUUGUUUUUAAAGGCCUCUCAAAGCCUUGUUUCUAGUCAUCCAUGUCAUGCUGAUAAAGAGAGAGGCUCAUUCAAUAUCUGUGCACAAAACCGAUCAUUUACCAUCAAAUGGCCAUACCUGUUUUGCUUUGCAUUCUUAUUAAAAAGCUAAUAAUCUUAGAAAGGGUAUAAUGUAUAUUUUCUUGAUGGACAUAUUAAUAUUUAAAAUUAUACUUUAAUUUGGCAUAUUCUUUCCCCUUCUUUCUGUAAUAAGUUUUAUCUUCUUCAAAUGAAUAAGAGAUAUGCAUCUUACUUUUUUUAAAGCCUUAGAGUUUAUUGUGUAAAUGAUACUUAGAAUCCAGAUAUAUAUUAAAUGAAAAGUUUUAUUUUUGCCAGCACACCAAGCACCUUUGGAAAAUACAUAUUCUACAAAUACUUUGUUUUUAAUUAAUUUCAUUUAAAGAUAGCAAAUGGUUAUAAGCAGGAGAAAAAAGUCUUAUACUAUUUUGAGGCUUUUUAAAAUUUAUAGUAUAAACCACAUAUUAGAAUUCUAUAAUUUCAGUCACAGACAUUUAACAACAUACAUAGACUCAUGUGACAAUGUGGAUUCAUGUGACAAUGUGGAAAUGUAGUCCUGGACAAAAAAGAAUGCAAUUUGUCAAUCCUGAUAUUAAUUCUCAAGGCUAUAGUAUGACUCCAAUAUUAUAAUCAACAAUGUUAUCCUGUUUACUCUAAUAUUUCAAGCAACACUUAGAAAUGUUUAUAAAUUACUGAUGAUUCUCUCUUAUCUUUAUACAGUUCUAUUGGAAAGAAAGUUGAAAUUGUUAGCAAUUUAGACUGAUGAUCUUUCCUAACAAGAGAGUCUUAAUUUGGUGACUAUAUAAGUCAUUGCAUUUAGUCCUUAAUGAAAUGAAUUUUUUAAAUGUAAAACAAAUUCUGAGACAAUUAUUUGUUCCCUUUAAAUAAUUUGUUAUUUGCUUUAAUUAUUGUUGUUGUUGUUUGCAAAAUGUAUUUUUGGAAUGUUAACCUCUUUUCAUACCUGCAUACUUGAACUUGUCUUUUGUGUGGGGGCCUUAAAAUUCAUAAUAGAAAAUGGGGGCAGUGAAAGGGAGUAAGGAAAGGAAAUUAUGUUGGAAGAUGCUUUGCAAAUUUGAACUCUUUAAAUGAACAUAUCACAAAAUGUUGUUGAGACCCAGGAUGUCAGUUAAGAAUGUUUCUUGGCAACCUUAAUUUGCAUGCUAGUAUAUUUUCUUAGUUAUACAAUUUUAUUUUGGUAUUUACUAAAAAAAAAAAAGGUACUACCACUAUAGAAAUUACCCUAUAUAUUGAUAUUUAUACUACCUCUUCUCUAGAGAAGACAGUCUGUCUUUAAAGGGAAAAACACUUGUCAAUAAGUAGUGAUCAAAUUAUUACUAUUAUGGUUCACCUUGCUGCAAAGCUAAAUGCAUAAAGUAUUAAAGUAUGCCUUCCCUUUAGAUUUUAAACUGAUUCCAAAACACUCUUGGCACCCUUUCAUUUCUUCCAUGGUAGUGAAAUUUUCUUUGAAUGGUUCACAGUUUAUCAUGAGGCAAGGUUAAUUCAACAAAUCAGUCAUCAUUGGGAACGAAACAAAGGGAACUGCCUUCGUGUGCAACUUGUUAGAAUAUCUAGUUCUAAGUCUAAAAGAGGGUAGGUCCAGAGACCUAAUAUUUAAGUGCAGCUUGUUUGCAAAUUCAAAUUUUUUUGAUCCUUUACUUCUGUGGUCACCCAAAGCCUGGCUUAGCCAUUUACUGGGUAAGGAUAUGCGUUAUCUUGGACUCCCAUGUAAUUGGAACAAACUUCAUAUCAAUGUUUCAAAUAGAUGCUUAAGUACCCCUUAUUAUUUUUAUAUUCCUGCUUUUGUCUUUUAGGACAAUGUUGCAUGUUGGUUUUUUUAAAAUGAUAUAAAACUCAUCCUUGAAUGACUAUAUGAAUGAAAACUCUAUAGGAAAUUAUAUAAUAAAAUGUUUUAUUAGUUUCUCAUACCUUUAAAUACUGUUGAUACUAUAACUAAGUUAAUUAUUCAAGCUAUGUCUAUGAGGCAGAGAACAGUCUUCUUUUUUUAAACAAUAAUCAUGAUCAAACCAGUCAAGUCAGUACAGUAGCUGUUAGACAAUAAGGAUAACUUUUUUCUUGUUGAUUUUAGCAGUCAAGUUAGUUAAAAUAGUAAAGUUGGUUUCUAUGGGCAGACAGAGCUACAGCAUUCAAAAAUUACUUUUGAAAGGUUUCUUCUUUUACUAAAACAGUCUUUCUCAAAUGAAAUACAUCCUUUGAUAGCAGCUAUCUCUGUCUACUUAUAGAUGAUUUAAUCCCAAAUGCCUCAUGUAAUUGAGGCAUAUUAUGAGAAGACUAGAAAGUAUCUCAUCAGAUAAUCCUAAGGGCUGUAACUCCUACUUGCCAUGAAAAAUACAUAAAUAAGCGCUAAUAGCAAUUGGUUUGGGGGAGUCAUAGUUACAUAUGAAACUUCCUUUUGUUUCUUUUGAUGUGUGUAAAAUGUUUGCAGAAGGAUGGUAGAAAAUGUUUCUAAUGAAUUUAGAGUGGUUUGGGGAAUACACUGAUACUUCCUCAUUUGAAAAUUAUAAAGAGUUAAAAUGAGAACUAUCUAAGAACCAGAAGUGGCUGGCCUCUAGCUUUUCAAUACUUUCUAAGUGUUCUUGGUUAUGUUUCGAACACUUAAAUUCUCAAAAAAUGGCUAUGUCUAUGUUUGUGUAGGGGCCACUCUUGCCCUACUUGCAUGCCACUUUCACACACUUUUAAAUGAAAUCAGUGUGAAUUCUGUAUGCAUAAGGGAUGUAUUAAAGACGCGGGAUCAUUAACGCUAUAUUGUUGCAUACUAUUUUUCAUAUGCCUUACAAUAUUUUCUGGGACGUUAUUAAAAUGAAAGCAUUUUAUUGCCAAAAUAAAUCUAUGUUGUUACUUCUAAUCUGCAUUAGCAGUAGAAAAAUAAUGUAGCAAAAACAUAUAUUGUACAGUACAAAAUUAUAAAAUAUAUAUAUAUUUUGCCAAUAAUAUGAAAAUAGAUUGAGGAGAAAGAAGCACAUUUGUUAUAGCACAAACAACAAAAUCCACUGUUAAAUUUGGCAGUCAUAUUUUUUAAAAAUAUAUAGAUUUAGCUCUAAGUUUUAUCAGAUUUAUCUCAUCUACUAUCUUUUUAACUUGCUGCUUGAUACUUUUCCAGCAAUUUAUUUCAUAGCCUUGCAAUCUGUGGAUGUAAUUUCUUUUAUUUUAUUCCCUUCCAUAAAACUUAUUAAAUUUUAUUUUGUGAUAAGACUCA